AUGUAACAAAAUUAAGAAAAUGCUUAGAAUCUGAUUUUAAAUUAUUGUUUAGUUGGAUUGGGAGAGAAAAUGAUUCCGAUGUUGAAAAAUUAAAGAAGUAAUAUAAAGUGGAUAUUUAAUAGGGAUGUUGACAUCAAUUUAGUUGCAUGAUAAAAAGGAGAUGACAAUAUUUAAUGAACACAAUAUUAUAUAAUAGGAAUCAUUAGAUAUAUUAGGGAAUGGGAAAUUAUAUCUACAUUGCAUUUAUAAUGAAGCAAAUAAAGAUCCAAUAACAAAUAUUGCAUUUACGUAUGCUGAAGUCAGAGAAAGCCAAAUAAAUUUUAAAUACAAAUACAACUUAUGUCCAAUAAUGAAAUAGGCAGAUGUAAUGAAAUCAACACAAAUGACAGAUUGGAGUCUCAUCAAAGAUCAAGAGCGCUUUGAUAUGAGUCCUUAUUUUUCUGAAUAGAAUACAUGCUAUGUAUUGUGUUAUACUAGAAAAACAGAUUAUGUUCCAAUAAUAAACUUAGUUUUAGAAGACUAUGAUCCACACCAUAAUAUUUAAGAUAUUGUGAAAUUUCUAUCUUUUAGUAAAUAUUAAUUAUAAAUAAUUCGAUGUAAGUUAUUUUUAUUCAUAUUAUUAAUAGAGAAACCUCCAUUAGAAUAGACUUACACUCCUGAAAUACUUGAUUUAUAUCCAUUUUGUUACAAGGAAUCAUAAAAACAAAAACAUAAUUAAAAUUUAUUUAAUGAUAAUCCUGCAAUAAGUAAUUAUUGUAUUCCAGAAGGAAUUUAAAUUUUAUAGAAGACUCAAAAUUAAUCUUUUAAUUAGAUCAUCACUUAUUAUUAAUUAAUGUAAUCUCCCAAAGGUGAUCUCAUUUAUAUUUAUUGUUUACGUUAUUAUGAAUAGAUUAAAAAAAAGUAAGCUCUAAAACUUAAAUUGGAAAAUUAUAACAAUUUUUAUAUCCCAAAAGUGAUGGCCUUAAUUAGUUAUCAAAAUUUUACUAAUUAAUUUUCCUAGUUGCUCACUUACUUAUAUUCCAUUAAGGAUGACUCAUAAAUAGAAGUAAGCAUCAAAAAAUGAAUUUUAGUCUUAUUUAGCUAGAGUUAUAUAACAGGUAAAAUACGUUAUAAAUCUUGAAAAAAUCUCACUUAAAUUAAUAAUCAAUGACCAACAAUUUCUAUUUCAAAAACAUAUCAAAUAUCCUACUUGUUAAUUGAAAUCAAUUGAGUAUGUUAUACGUAAUAUAACUGUUGAAAAUAUAAUAUAACUUUAUACUGCAGUUUUAACAGAGAGAAAAAUUAGAUUAUGUUCAAGUUCUAUUUUACAUCCUGGUUAUGUAAUAGAAGCUUUAAUGACAUUUAUUUAUCCUUUACAAUAUUAAAAAUUGUUGAUUUGCUAUUUGAAUUAUGACAAUUCUUAAAUUAUAGAAACUCCAGAGCCAUAUAUUGUUGGUUUAUUAGAAACCCUACCAUAACCUGCUUGUGAAUCUGAAGGAUAUAAAUUUAUUCUAGAUUAUAAUGUUGCUUUCCAUGUUUGUCCUCCUCCUGAAUUUCCUCUCUUCGAUAAAUUAAAGAAAAAAUUAGAUCCUUUUGUCAAAUAAGAAAUUAAUGAAACCAAUGCCAAAAUCAUUAAAGAGAUUUUUCUUAAAAUUAAUAUGAAAAUCUUAAAUCAUGCAUUUGAUUAUGAUAUCAAAUAAAAAAAUUGGAAUGUCUCCUUUUAAAAGAAAAAGUAAGCUUAAUAUCCAGUCAAAGGAUAAUUUUGGGAAAUCUUCUCAAAAACACAACUUUUAUGUUCAUUUAUAGAUAACAAUUAAGCAAAUAGGUAAUUAGAUACUUAUAUUACAUAUUUUAAUUCUUCUUUUUAAUAGACAAGUGAAAACAGUAAUACUAAAAUAUUUGCAGAUAUUAAAACUAUUAAUAUUACUGAUUAAAAUAAUUCUUAAUUAAUAAUUCAUUAAAAGUAAUCAUUUUUCCCUUAUCUUACUCCUUAUUACUAUAUUAGAAAUAAAUAAACAGCAUUGUAAGCAUAAGUUUAUAGAAUAUGGUUACAAAUUAUACAUAUGACAUAAUUAGAUAGCAAGGAAUUUUAUGAAUUAGCUACUUAUCUAAAUAAAGAAAUUCCGAAUAUAGAAGAUUUCAUUUAAUUGAAAGAACACGUACAAAUUCAUCAAUAUGAUGAUUUGAAUGAUAAAUAGUUUGUAUUUCAAAAUGAAUGUUCUUACUGCAAAAGAUAAAUUUCAAUUGAAGAAAUACUUCAUAAGAUUGUGCCUACUUACUUAAAUAGUUCAAUCAAAUGUUCAAAAAAAAAAGGAUGUGGAAAUUAAUUUAUCCCAAAAAUGAAUAUUGUUGAUGUAGGAGAAUUUUAAAUACUUAACAUUCAUUAAUUAAACUAUUAAUUGGACUAAUUAAAAGUUUUUGAUUUAAAAUUUUAACAAACUACUGAGUUUUGGAAUCUUAUCUUUUAUUUUAGAAUAUUCAAACUUCCUAUCCCAUUUGUGAAUGAAAGUGAAGAAGCAUCAUAUUGUUUUAAAUAAAAAGAGAGUAAGUAAAAAGGGAAUAAGGUAUUCCUAAAUGAAAACUUAAAAGUCAUACAAACUAAGUAGGUAGUAUAAACUAAAUAAAUUAUUUAUGGAGAAAGUAGUUAGAGAAAAUGA